UUCCAAUGGCAAAAGCGAUCCUUUCUGUGCCCUUUAUCUCGAAUCGGCACCCACUAGAAGAUAUAAUACUGCCGUGAAAACCUGCACACUUAGUCCAAUUUGGGAGGAACAUUUUGAAUUGCCAUUGGAGGAUCCCGAAAAUGAUGUUCUGUGCCUCGAAGUAUGGGAUUUUGACGCUGCCGAAACAGUGCCUGAAAAGAUGAGCAAAGUUAAAGAUAUCAAAGGUGUUCGCGGCUUAGUUAAACUUGCCAAGGAAAUCGCAGUAACAGCCACGACUGGUAGUCACGAUAAUGAAUUCAUUGGCCGAUGUCGGAUAGCGUUGAAGGACAUACCAACAACUGGACACACCAUGUGGUACGCUUUAGAGAAAAAGAACAAAUCUAAACGUCGUGGCGUUGUAAAGCUCCGACUGGCCUUCAGCGCGGAACAUAAUGCGCAAGUGGCCGCACAAGAACAUCGACACCUGUUGAGAGUGUUGCUGCUUCAUGAGAUUGAAACGGAAAAAAUCGAAAAAUACUGUUGGUGUGGUCGUUGGUCGGCACCAGCUGAAGCGCUCAUUCUUCAGCACAGCGCGCAACGCGGCUUACUAGCUAGAAAUCUCACUCUGGCGCAAUGGGUUGAAUAUGCGAGAAUCCAUCAGGAGCAUCCGUUAAGUUUCACAGUCUUUAAUAAACUCGCGGUUGAUUUGCUGAGGCCAAUGGACAGCGGUCUAUUUUCCGCUGACGAAACUAGACUCUUUUGGGAUGCCACCAAAAAAGUUCUGCAUUCAUGCUUGAAUAGCAUACGAAAAAUUCGAAGACUGACUUUGGAAGACAGAAACACUAUAAUGCAAUUGUCCGCUAUUUUAGGAAUAAUAUCGUCUAUAUCCUCUUUAAAAGUUCCUGAAGACAUCGAUCUUUUUCCGACUAAAAUGUACUCUUGGUUUCCUGAAGUCGAUGAUUCGAAGAUAGACGUGCUACAAGGUUUGGAAUAUACUGUUAUACAAGGCUGCGCCGAAUGGUUCGAACAUAUAACAAGUAAUAAUUCGCCGGACACAGAAUCGGACGAAGAUGCGCUUAGAUAUCAAAUCAAAAUAAUCCAACUGAUUAGAGCGGACUUGCAAAAAGCUAUUGAUUAUCACGACAAACUGUUCAUAAAAAGAAUCAACAUGCCGUAUGCAAGAAUGCUAUAUAUUGCAUACGAGAAGAGAAUCAGUGAUAUGUGCACGGUUAUUAUACAGGACGUAUGCGCCAGAUUGAAGAGAAUUGAAGUCGAUAGCACUGACAAUGAGGAAUUAAGCUUAGGCACGACUCUUUUCGAACUUUAUCUUACGCUUCAAAGAUAUGCCGUACUUGGUCAGAUGCUUUGUGCCGAAGGGCAGUUAGAGUAUAUGAAAGUACAAAAUUAUUACAACUGGUUCCGGAGCGGUGUUGCGCAUUGGCUGGACAUCGCAGUGUACAAAGCGCUUAAGCGCAUCGAUAGAGCAGUCGAAAUUGAUUCAUUACAAGCAGUUGACAGUAGCGUUCAGUACACUUCAAGCGCUGUAGACACAUUGACAACUUUUUAUCAAAUUAAAGUCUUUUGGACGCAGUUAGCGUGGCCCGACGUUGAAGGUUCUUAUGCGUUCAUAGCAAAAAUUAUUGACGACAUUUGCAAAUGCUCUAUUGCAUACGCUGACAAGAUGGCUAAAAAAGCGGAGAUGACAACGGAAUUAGAACAGCUUUCGCAAAGUAGCGUCUAUGAGAAGAAGUUUACGAUAUCUACGGCCUGGUGUUUUGCAAUUAAUAAUAUAGAUUACAUCAGGACAUCGAUCGCUCCUUUGGCCAAAGAUUUGGGAUUGCAAAAUAUCGUAGAGGCUUUAGGAGAGCACAAGACUCACGAGGAGGCUGAUCGCUGUCGACAGACUCUUCAGUUAAUCAUUGACAAUGCCGCAGAUACUGUGAAGAAUAAGAUCAUAGAAUUGUUGGAAGUGGUAGCUUAUAAAAUGGCUCCCGUAAUGAGCAGAUAUCUCAUAGAGGGUGCCGAAUUAAUUGACACGACCAGCAAUGCGAUGGAUCGUCUGCUGCAGUAUCUAGAUAGUAAUCUCACAACUUUGCAUGAUAAUCUCAAUGAGGACAACUUCAAGAGAGUUCUCCUGGUGAUUUGGGAAAUCAUGUCGCAGACGCUGUAUGAGCUAGUCAACACUAAUUUAGAGAGACGACGACCGCCAGCAUUUUAUUCCAACUUGCAUCGCACACUUCACACGCUCAUCCGAUUCUUUAAUCUCGGUGCCGAUGAAACAUCGAACGUGCAAGUCUUGGAGAAGAUUGAAUCUCUUUUAAAAUUACACGGGCUUGAAACCGCCGAACUUAUACAUUGUUAUCAUCAGGAACGUCUCGAAGAACAAAAGGAAUUGGAAGAACCUAUCUGCGGUCUAAUCACCGUCAAAGCAUAUUUCAUCGAUAAUUCACUGAAUAUACAAAUUCUGAAUGCCAGAAAUCUCCGUUGUACAGAUAGCAAUGGCAGGUGCGAUUCCUACGUAAAGAUCAGACUACUGCCGGAAGAGAAAUUUGCCGAAAUUAAGGCGCCAAAGACACACGUGCAGAAGGAAACGCUCUUCCCUCUUUUUGACGAAACGUUUAAUAUUUCCCUUACUCCGGAACAGAGAGCCAUAGAAGACGCUAUAGUGGCAUUUGAAUUGAAAGACAAGGAUUUCCUCAGAUCGAGAUUUAUGGCUGAAGCUUUCCUACCAUUUAGCGAGAUUCCUGACACUGAACCAGAAACUAACUUCACAACUUUAGAACAAGUUCAUUUGAAACUUUCCCGUCCGAUCAAAAAAAGUACGGAUAUCAUUCGCGCAUUGGAGCACCGAAAAGGAGAUAAUCAAGCGAUGGACUUCGUUUCAAGACUCAAUACUAAAGCAAACUCUAAAUGAUCUAUGUGCAGCUUCGAUGUAGAUUUACAUUUGCACAAUUUUCGAAAGUACUCAAUACAAAAUAUAUUUAAGAAACUCAGUAUAGGACGUAUCAAUGUUAAUAUGCCAGCGUUGCCUUACGAGAAGUCGUUGUAAAGUUUUUAACAAAUGUGCUGUAGUCAUUGCGCCAUUAUUUUCGUGGCGCGAUGUUUACGAGUGUCUGACGGCUGUGCAUUGUUUCGAUUAUUUUAUACUUUCGAACAGAUUACUGAGUAUCGCAUUUUUUUAAACUUUAAACAAAAAAUUGUAAGGCUGAAUAAGUGCUAUUUGUGAGAAAAUACUUCUAUUUAUUAUAAAUAGAUAUAGUUAUUACGUUAAACAAUUAAAUAUUUAGAUACACUUUUGUAACUACACUUAUGCUUCAACAUAUUACAAAUUUGGAAGAAUAUUUUAUAUUGUAUACGUGGAAGUAUUGUUAUGGAGCAAUAUACAUGUACAUAGAUCCUAAUAAUAAUAAUUAAAUAAUUCAA